UUUCCAGUUCGCAGCUACUAUGCCAGAAAGUCUUUUGACUUCUGUUACUAGCAAACGCUCGCAACACUCGUUCCAAGUCCAGCGUACUAAACAGGCCGUUUUUUGGUAGCCACCUUCCUGCAAUUCUCCGUCAUAACUUUUAAAUUUUUCGGGUUACCCGAUUGACUCUCGCUGCUCGCUUUGCUGCUGCUGUUGCUGCCGUUGUUGUCGUGGUCGAUCGACGUCGUCGUCUCCGGCUCCGUCUCCGUAAUCCGUCCGACUGCUGCUGCCGAUAGGUGUGUGCUGUGCUGUGACUGUGAAGGCGCAUACACACACGUUCCGACGCGUUUUGCCUCCUGUGAGCUGCCUGCGCGCAUUGGUCUCGGCCCUCCUCGUGUGAGCUUGCUUGCCUGAGCUUAUUUCGGUUGUGUAUUAUUGCGCGCUGCCGUGUUGUGAGUAGAGCAGUAGAGCCCGUCUCAUCAUCUUCAUCUUGGCUGUACAAACUUGGGGGUCGCUGCCUGCGCCUACCUUCAAGUGCGGAAGAUCAAUUUAGUCAUAAUAGCGAUACGCACAGAAGCGUUCGGAAGUUAUAUUACAUCUGCGAUAUUAUUAACUCUCACAAUUUUUUCGACUGUGCUAAGGCUUGGAGCGUCCGAUCGGGUCGGCCCGAAGAAUCAACUCGUCUCUAGAUAGUUGUAUGGAAAAAUUGCAGAAUAAUUGCAUUUCUAUGAUUUACAACUUACCAAUUGUGGUUAAAUUUUAAAGGAAAAGUGAUUGCUAUAAGCAAAAGUGAUAUCCAUCAAUUGUGAGGGAACUUAAUCUUAUCUGAAAGCAAAAGAAAAGUGAUUUGAUAGCAAUCCGAUGUGAUAUGCAAAUUGUGCAAGUGAUUCUAAUUACCUUAAGAAAUAAAAAGUGUCAACUGCAGACAUAACUGGAUUUUUACCUGGAGCUCUACGUCAAGAAGGAGAGCUCGCUCGGAUAUAUUGGGAACAGUUUUGCUGCAGUGCCAAGUGUGAGUGAUCGUGACAGUGUUUCUCGUUGACAGGCUACACGCGAGUUCUGUCUCUGGUUGCGCGAAGAUUUUGGCAAAUUCCCCCGAACUGGUGACUAAUCCCGACGUAAGCAGACCAAUAAAACAAAACAAAUCGAUUCUCAUUUUCCCAUCAAGUCAACAACGAUCUGGAGAAAAACGCUAAAAGCAACCAAAAAUAAACGCCGAACAUCACACGUCAUAAAUCAAGCUCUCUCAAGUUAAUUGAAUCAAACAAAAAACACUUUCAACCUCCAAUUCCCCGCGGAAACCCGAACCCGUACCCCCACAAAUCCAUCAAAAUGUUUGCCACACUGAUGCGAAUCGACAACGACGACUGCAGGGCCGACUACCGGCGCAAGAUGCGGCCGAAGACCGAGUUCGUGUGCAAGUUCUGCCAGCGGCGCUUCACCAAACCGUACAACCUGAUGAUCCACGAGCGCACCCACAAGAGCCCGGAGGUGACCUUCAGCUGCGAGGUGUGCGGCAAGUACUUCAAGCGGCAGGACAACAUCCGUGCAAUACGGUGCAGUCAAUGUAUUUGGCGAUCGAUUCACACGUACGGCAUGAAUGGUAGCAACAACAAUCGAGCAUACUAGGCUUUCUUUCUACGUUAGUAAGAUCAGUUUUAAGCAAAAAAAAAGGGAAAACAACAAGAAGAAGAAAACUAAUCGAAAGAUGGCCACUGUUUUAAUAUUAUUAUAAUUAUUAUUUUAUUCAUUAUUGGAAUUAUUAUUUUUUCUAUUAUUUAAUGUAACAAAUGCAAACUUCUCUCAUCCUUGAAAACGAACCUCGGGAAGGUCAUUCCAGGCGCUCAUUGUAACAAAAGAGUGGAGCAAAUUAUUUAUCUUUUUAAACAAAAUUAUACGAUCAAAUUUUAAAAGUUGUACAUUUUAUUUGCGGAAAUAGAACUUAGUUAGGGCAAUGAGCGCAAAAUACAGAUCAGCAUUGAAGUUAAACUUCAAAACCGAUAAUCAAAAUAUGGACAUCGAUGAAGCAUACAAAAAUCAAUUACUACUACUAAUAAAUAAAAAAAAAUAACGCAAAACAUAAAAUAUGGGCCACUAGUCCAUCCACCUGUAAAUAGCUGCGAGAGCGAGACGAAUGCUUUAAUCUUGUUUUUAUUGCUUUACUUUUUUACAUAAAAAUUAGCCGAUGUACGUUAUUGUGAAUGAUGAUGAAGUUAAAAAAAGAACAUCGAAAUAUUCACACUUUACUGAGAGAAGGAGUAGGAAUAGCAUUUCACUUGACUAUGUUAGAAGAAGAAAAAAAAACUGUAGGCUAGUUGCACUAAUUUAUAUACGAACAAUUAACAUUAUAUAAUCAUUUUGCCGUAGUUAUGUAGUUAUGAAUAUAUGAUAUAUUUAAAGUAAAAAAAGCGCAAAGUAUCCCAGUUACAUAAAUUGUAAUUAUUAGAAUCAUAGUGACUGCAACGAAUUUAUUGUCAGGAUUUUAUUCCCCCCAAUUUGUCAUGCGAGUUUUGUCUAAUCGGAGCUGAACCGAUCGGGUUUUAUUUUGUUGAAUGUUCAUGAUUUUGUGAUAUUUUUCUCCUCUAUUCUGAAAGGGAAUUUCCCCCAACUUGUUUGAGAACCUCUCGAAUGGGUUCGAAAUAUUCCUAACCAACUAUCAUGAACUGUCCGUGUCAUAAGCUUAUUUAAUUCGAUAAAUUUGUUGACAACUCUGCAAAGAUACAACUAAAGCAUCCAACCAUUCGCUCGAAAGUUGAGCACACACAUUCUGUUUCACAAGGAAAGAUCAACUAAGUGACACACUUUUUGCUCUUUUCGGCACUUUCCUAUCAUCAUUAAUUUUCUAACCAUGAAGUUCUGGUGAUGAAAAUAUCGAAAAUAUUCCCAUAAAUCAACGAUCCACUCGAAUUCAUAUCGAUUUCCUGAAGCACCUCUCAAAGCUCUUGAUCCACACUAUUCUGUAUCUCACUCAAGCCGUGCUUAGAAUAGAUUCUAGUCUACCUAAAAAAAGUAAGCGGAACAAAAUAAAAACGACAAAAAAAAAACACAAAAAAAAAACAAA